CCUUCGCCGGUGUCCCUGCCCUUGCCGCCAGCCAUGUCGCUCGACCGGAGCUUCUCCACCUCCGCAGCGCUCUCGCGCCUCCUAGCUCGCUGCCCCGCGCUCGCCGCCGACUCGCGCCUGCUCGCCCUCGCGUCCGCGCCAGCCGCGCCCGCCGCCGACGACGUCGCCGCCGCGCUUGCCGAGCCGCUACUCCACCCGCGCUACACCCUCCCCAUCAUCGGCUGCUUCCUCCCGCUCGCGCCCGUACUCCUCGAACGCGCCUCCGCGCUCCUCCGCACCGCUGGAACCGCCCUCCUUGUCGACAGCGCCGCCAGCCAGGAGGAGGAGGAGGCCGGGGAGGGGGAUACCCGCGUCGUCGAGUUCUACCUCUCCAGGGGUAGGGGCUUGCGGCUGCACGAGCUCGCCUGCCUCGCGCUCUCCCGCGCCCUCGACCUCGCCCCCUACUUGCUCCGAUAUGUAUUAAACUACUUCAAGUUUUCUCCACCACCAUUCCAAAGACUUUUGUGCACAGGUGUUCCAUCAACGAUUCCUACCAAGGGACUACAUCUCUUCCUUGAUGCCACACGAGUAUCAUAUCGGUUUCUAGAAUUGGAACCCAGAGUAUUUUGUGAGCAAUGGGACUGGUCUUGCUUCUUAGACCUUGUAGAUACUACAGCUGAUUACCUUUUACCUGAUGACCCACUUUACAGUGUUGGGUUAGACUUUAGAUGGUGUUCAAUACAAAUACUCAUGGUGGUUCUCAAAGCAAGUGAUAGGGGUAUUGCAAGUUUUGGUCUCCGCGCAGAUGCUGCAUUUACAUGUCUACUGAGAUGGAAGGAGUAUUGCAUGGAUACUUCCUUAGAGAAAGCCUCUUUAUAUCUGCAAACUCAAGAGACCAAUUCUAACAUUGAUGUCACUUAUUUGGCUGAUACCUUGUCGGAUUGGCCAGCGGUUACAAUGGGGAAGGAGCAUACCAUUGGAAGUUCGUUUGUGCUCACUGCCACAAUGAGGAAGAGUUAUGAGGUAGCUCUGGUGGCAGUUAGCCAGAGGUGGCCCGUGCUUCUCUAUGGUCCUGUUGGAGCAGGAAAAACUGCAUUGAUUAACAAAUUGGCACAGAAUCGUGGAAAUCGAGUGCUUUUUAUCCACAUGGACGAGCAAAUGGAUGGCAGGACCUUAAUAGGAAGUUACAUAUGCACGGAAGUACCUGGAGAAUUCAAGUGGGCCCCUGGUUCUCUCACACAGGCCAUUGUGAAAGGAUUUUGGAUUGUGUUUGAAGACAUCGACAAGGCACCCACUGAUGUGCAGUCAGUCUUACUGCCUUUAUUGGAAGGUUCAAGCUCUUUCUCGAUUGGGCACGCAGAGGUAGUUGAAGUUGCUGAGAGCUUCCGUUUAUUUGCUACAGUCACCACAUCAAAGCAUGAUGUUUCACAUGCCCUGGAAGGAAGAUUAACCUAUAGUGCACUGUGGAGAAAAGUGAUGCUGGGAGAACCUAACCGGGAAGACAUGAUUAAUAUAGUUAAUGGAUGCUACCCAAGCUUGGAGCCCAUCUCCUCUAAGCUCAUAGAUACCUUUGAAAAGGUCAACUCUCUGGUUUCUUAUCAGUUUGGUGGGCUUAACUUAGCUGGAGGUUUAUCUGAUGGCAUUCUGCACAGAUUUUCAUUAAGGGACCUGCUCAAAUGGUGCAAGAGAAUAGCGGGCGUUGAUCUCAGCUUUGAGGGCCUGGGAUUUGCAUCUAGUGACUGUAAAUUCAUAUACAACGAGGCUGCUGAUAUUUUUGCUGCUUCUCUAUCAUCUCCGGAGAAAAGGCUAUAUGUAGCAAGAGAAAUUGCUAGAAUAUUAGGUGUUCCUCAUCUAGCAGAAACCAUGCAACCUACAGACAAGCCCAUUAUCCAGGCUCGACACACUGACUUGCAAGUUGGCAGAGUUACGCUGCAGUGCGUUGUCAAACCGGCGUUGAUUCAAAAGGGGCCUUUUGCUGAUAUUCGCCAUGCAUUAGAAGUUCUUGAGAGGGUUGCAUGUUCAAUAAAGUUUAAUGAGCCUGUUCUUCUUGUUGGUGAAACUGGGACGGGGAAGACUACACUUGUGCAAAAUCUUGCUACUUGGCUUAAACGGCCAUUGACUGUGGUGAACUUAAGCCAGCAAAGUGAUAUAUCGGAUCUCCUCGGUGGGUUUAAGCCGACAGAUGCUCGGUCAAUAUGCUAUCCUCUUUAUGUGGAGUUCAAGGAUCUUUUUUGUCGAAGUUUUUCUGUGAAGGAAAAUCAAGCUGUAUUACGUAAAUAUGAUUCGUAUGUAAUGGAGAAGAAUUGGAUGAAGGUACUACGUAGUUUGGCAAAAUGUGCUGGCGGAAUUCAGCAGCUACUUGAAGGAAGUUCCAAGGUCAGCGUUGGUUUAAAGAGAAAAAGGCAGCUGCCUUCCCAAGACAAAGUUCAGCAGCUAGUUGAAGAUAGUUACAAAGUCAGCGUCGGUUCCAAGAGGAAGAGGCAGCUGCCUUCCCAAGUUAUAUCUGACUGGAGCUCCCUUUCUUCCAGGCUAAAUGCUGCUUAUAGCCAAAUUGGUUCAGCCGCUGGCAUGUCGUUUCAGUUUGUGGAGGGUGCUUUUGUCUCAGCUAUAAGAAACGGUGAUUGGAUUUUGCUUGAUGAAGUUAACCUUGCACCUCCAGAGACUCUCCAGAGAAUCGGUGCAGUACUGGAUGGAGAGAUGGGCACAUUGUGCCUGGCCGAAAGGGGUGAUGUGGAUUAUAUUGAACGCCAUCCUAGCUUCCGUAUGUUUGCUUGUAUGAAUCCAGCAACUGAUGCUGGGAAAAGAGAGUUGCCAUACACGUUUAGGAGCAGAUUUACAGAAUGCUUUGUUGAUGAUCUUAUGGAUGACGACGAUCUCCGUCUUUUUGUCAGUAAGUAUCUGGAUGGUCUGCAUGCUGCUAAAGGAGUUAUAGAUAACAUUGUUCGUUUUUAUAAAGCAGCAAAAAAGGAAGCUGAAGAGAAGCUGCAGGAUGGAGCUAAUCAGAAGCCCCAAUUUACUCUGAGAUCUCUUUCUCGUGCACUAGGUUAUGUAAAAACCGCAGAGAAAAUAUUUGGCUUCAGGAAAUCUCUUUAUGAUGGCUUCUGCAUGUUCUUUCUUACAAUGCUGGAUGUCCCUAGUGCAAAAAUCAUUAAAAACUUAAUAGUAUCUCUUUUAUUAAAUGGAAGAGUGCCACCAAGCAUUUCUUUUGCUGAUUACUUUGUAGAAAAAUCUAAGCAAUUGGAUGUUUCGGAAUCAGAUGAUUUUUUGUGCAGCUAUGUGUUAACCAGCAGUGUUACUGAGCACAUAGUUAACCUUGCCCGUGCUGUUUACAUAAAAAAAUAUCCUGUACUCCUCCAAGGUCCAACAUCAAGCGGCAAAACUAGCCUGGUGAGGUAUCUUGCUGCAAAAACUGGCCAUGAAUUUGUCCGCAUCAACAAUCAUGAGCAUACUGAUCUUCAAGAAUAUCUUGGUACGUAUGUCACCGACAGUCAUGGGAAGCUUCAGUUUCAGGAGGGUGCUUUGGUGAAGGCUGUUCGUGAGGGGCAUUGGAUAGUGUUGGAUGAGCUAAAUCUUGCACCUUCAGAUGUCUUGGAAGCUUUAAAUAGGCUGUUAGAUGACAACAGGGAGCUGUUUGUUCCAGAGCUUCAAGAGACUGUUCCUGCUCAUCCUGACUUUAUGCUUUUUGCUACUCAAAACCCACCUGUGCUUUAUGGGGGACGUAAAAUGCUGUCUAGAGCAUUCCGCAACCGUUUCAUUGAAGUGCAUGUUGAUGAAAUCCCAGAAGAUGAGCUAAUCACAAUUUUGGAGCAGCGGUGUACAGUUGCUCGCAGUUAUGCCACAAAAAUGGUUCAAGUUAUGAAAGACUUGCAAACACAUAGACAAAGCAGUAGAGUGUUUGCUGGCAGACAUGGUUUCAUUACGGCGCGAGAUUUGUUCCGUUGGGCCAAUCGGUACCGAGCAUUCGAGGGGAAGUCAUAUGAAGAUCUGGCUAAGGAUGGCUAUUUACUUCUUGCGGAGAGAUUAAGGGAUGACAAUGAGAAAGUUGUUGUUCAAGAAGCAUUGGAACGCCAACUACGUGUUAAACUCAACAUCCCUGAUUUAUAUAACUCGGAGGGCAUCUAUGGCUAUAACUUAUCUCGUCAUGCUAUAGGACAGAGAGUACAAGAAAGCUUUGGAAAUAUCACUUGGACAAAAAGUAUGUGGAGGCUGUACUUCCUUAUCGAGCGCUGUUACAGGUCACGAGAGCCUGUCCUCCUUGUUGGUGAAACAGGCGGUGGGAAGACAACAGUUUGCCAGGUCCUAAGUGCUGUUCUUGGAGUAAAGUUACAUAUUCUGAACUGCCAUCAGUAUACUGAGACUUCAGACUUCAUUGGGGGAUUUUGUCCUAUACGUGAUAGGUCGAGAAUAGCCCUCGAGUUUAAACAUCUUAUUUCAAGAAUGAUGGAAAUGAAAAUUUUCAUUCAUAUUGCAGGAGAUGUGACAUUUCCCUCUGAUAUAUCUGGAGCUGCUAGUGUCAUAAAUCAUAUAAAUGGAAUACUUGAUAGAUACCGAAAAGAAAAGGAACUAUUUCCAGACGUGCAACCUCAAGAGCUUAAUGACAUGGACGAAAUUAAGUUGAAAUUGAUGCAUCUCCACCAGAAUUGGCAGGCAAUUUUUCUUUGGCAGGAUGGGCCACUUGUGCAAGCAAUGAAGAAUGGAGAUCUUUUCCUUAUUGACGAAAUUUCUUUGGCUGAUGACAGUGUACUUGAACGAUUGAACAGUGUUUUGGAACCUGAAAGAAAAUUGUCACUGGCUGAGAAAGGAGGUUCUGAGCUAGAGAAGAUUGUGGCACAUCCAAACUUUUUUAUUCUUGCAACAAUGAAUCCAGGUGGUGACUAUGGGAAAAAAGAGCUUUCUCCGGCACUAAGAAAUCGAUUCACAGAACUCUGGGUUCCUGCUGUCACAGAUGUUGAUGAACUUAAGAGCAUAGCUAUAGAUAAGUUCAGCAAAGCUGAGCUCUCUUGCUUUGGAGAUUGCAUCGUUAAUUUCUGGAAGUGGUUUAACCAAUUGCAGACCGGAAGAAUUCUCACCAUACGAGAUCUUUUAUCCUGGAUUUCAUUUAUCAAUGUGACAGAGAGAAUUCUUGGACCAGAGCAAGCUUUAAUACAUGGUCUGUUCCUUACAUUGCUUGAUGGGCUCGCAUUGGGAAUGAAUUUUUCUAAAUCUGAGGCUACAGAGUUAAGAAGGACUUGCCUGUCUUUGCUUCUAGAAGAGCUGCAGAAGGUUGAGGGGAAGCCAUUGAACUCGGACUUGAAUGAUCUAAAGAAUUAUGGGUGGGGUGAUGGUAUAAGAGAAGUUUAUAUUGAUUAUAAUCAUACAGAUCAGUUUGGCAUUGCACCCUUUUAUAUUCCUAAAGGUCAUUUGGUGUGUGAGCAGGAGGGGUUUGAAUUCACGGCACCUACUCCCAGUAAGAAUGUUUUGCGGGUAUUGCGUGCCAUGCAACUACCAAAACCUCUUCUGUUAGAAGGUAGCCCUGGAGUUGGAAAAACAAGCUUAAUUGUGUCAUUAGCUAAAUAUUCUGGUCAUAAAGUUGUACGAAUAAACCUAUCGGAGCAGACAGAUAUGAUGGAUCUUUUAGGUUCAGAUUUGCCAGCUGAAGGGGAGAAUGGAAUAGAAUUUGCCUGGUCCGAUGGUAUUCUUCUUCAGGCUUUAAAGAAUGGAAGUUGGGUUUUGUUGGAUGAAAUCAAUCUGGCUUCCCAAUCUGUUCUAGAAGGUCUCAAUGCCAUUUUAGACCACCGGGCAGAGGUAUAUAUACCUGAGCUUGGUCAAACUUACAAAUGUCCACCGUCGUUUCGUAUCUUUGCGUGCCAGAAUCCGUCAUCGCAGGGUGGUGGGCGGAAAGGCCUCCCCAAGUCCUUCCUGAACCGCUUCACCAAGGUUUAUGCUGAUGAAUUAAAUGAAGAAGAUUACUUUUCCAUAUGUAAAUCACUAUAUCCGUUACUCAGUGAAGAUAUCCUCAGAAAUCUGAUUCACUUUAACAAUAGGCUCUUCAUGGAUACCAUGAUACAUCGAAAGUAUGGCCAAGAAGGUUCUCCUUGGGAAUUUAAUCUACGUGAUAUUACUAGGUCUUGUGAGAUCAUAGCACGUUCCCCAGACACUUCAAAGAAUGACUGCUUCUUAAAUACUGUCUACCUUCAGCGAAUGCGAACUGCAACUGACCGCGAUGAAGUUCUCAAGCUCUUUGAAGAAGUGUUUCAAAUAAAGCCCAGCAUUCUUCAGUCGAAAAAGCUCCAUGUCAAUGCUCAUUGCUUAGCUGUUGGAAGUGCGUCUGUUAGAAGAAAUAACUUCCGGUCAUAUGAAGUUCACAGUAACCAACUGAACAUACUUCCUAGUAUUCUUCAUAGCCUUGAAGCUGCUAUCCACUGUAUCCAUCAAGGUUGGUUGUGCAUUCUUGUUGGACAGCACUCAUCUGGAAAAACUUCAUUGAUCCGCUUGCUUGCUCAGCUGUCUGGCAAUACAUUGCAUGAAUUGAAUUUGUCAUCGGCAACCGACGUGUCAGAAUUGCUGGGAUGUUUUGAACAGUAUAACUUCUUUAGGCACUAUAAAGAGGUCAUAUCAAAAGUUGAGCGGUAUGUUGACGAAUAUUUCAGUCUGAGUAUGGAUAUACGCUGGAAGGAGCUCAUUAUGAACAGGAAGGCUUUGUUUGUGAAAUGGUUUGAAUUUGUGGUUGCUAAGAAGUACUCUUCAAUUCGUACUUCCACAUUUAUUGAGAUGAGCAGGAGUGCAUCUUUGCCACCAUUGAGCUUGGUUACUGACAUAGUUGAGCAAAUGAAGUGUGAUCUGGAAAUGUUUGACUUGCCUAUAUCAUUGACCAAACAUGAGCUGACUGAAACACUGAAGUCCAUCUACAGCUUGCAGCAGAAAGAAAACAUAAACCAGCGAGUUAAGUUUGAAUGGGUUGCUGGGGAUUUGAUCAGGGCCAUUGAAUGCGGUGAAUGGGUUGUUCUGGACAAUGCAAAUUUGUGUAACCCUACUGUGCUUGAUAGGAUAAAUUCUUUGGUUGAGAAAGAAAGGUCCAUUGUAGUCAAUGAAUGUGGUCUUGUAGAUGGGAAUCCUGUAGUUCUCGAGGCCCAUCCUAAGUUCCGGAUGUUUCUGACAGUUAAUGCAAAGUAUGGUGAAGUUUCAAGAGCCAUGCGAAACAGAGGAGUGGAGAUCUUUCUGAUGGAGCAAAGUUUGUGCUUGGAUAGAUGCCCCUAUGUCCCUGCGGAUAGUGAGAGGAAGGACGUGAUAAGGUUUUUAAUUUCUUGUGGUAUACCAAGAAUGGAAUUGAUUUCGUCAAUGACUGAAGCACACUUAUAUGCAAAAGCUGCUGGCUUACGUCUUGGUAUAAGUAUCACCCUUCUCGAGAUCACACGAUGGGUUCAACUGUUCCAACAACUUCUUAUUAAAGGAAACCAGCUCCUUUGGAGCCUUCAUCUAAGUUGGGAACACACUUACCUACCGUCGUUGGGUCAAGUUAAUGGAUCUGAUGUUGUAAAGGAGGGAAUAUUAAGGUUUUUGACUAAUUUUAAUGGUUCAGCUGGUUCGCAUUAUGGGUUUUCAUUGUCCUUGCCUGGUGGUUGGCCGAUUGAACACAAACUAAGGGACUUCAUUUGGUACUCAAAAGAAUCAUGUGUUCAAAGAAAUUGCAUGUAUUUACAAUCAUUCGGUGCCAAAUAUGCUGCUUAUCAAAUAAGCAACUUUGAAGGUAGUUCAUCGUUACUGGGACCGAUUAGUAAUAUCCACCCAUCUGUUCUUCCUGCCUCAAGCUUAUCUGCACUGCAAUUUCCAACUUUGCCCAUUCAACAUUUUGUUAAGACUUCUGUAGCUGGGGUAUUCAAUUUAGAAUUAGCUGAUCAGAUGCUUUUCAUAGCUGCAAACUGGGUAAUAGAGCAAUCUACGGAAAGCGAUCUUGAAUUGUAUGGCAUAUGGUUUAAGUGGUAUGAUUGCCUGCUCCAGCCGUACUGCAGCUUCUUUGGAGACUUUGCUAAUAUUCAUAAGCAAUUAAGUGAGCAUCCUAUUUGGCAGAGCAUCCUUGAAUGCUACAGAGAAAUUAUUGCUUAUCACAAGGUUGAUGUCGUUGCUCAUCCUAUUCCGUUGCUGUCGAUGAAAUUGUUAGAUAUGUCAGGUUGUGACACACUUAAAGCUUGCCAAAAACGGCUUCGUAGCGCUCUGAAUGGUUUGAGCUUGCUGUGGCUUACAUUACAGCAAUGGCAAUCUGAGACAACUUUUCCUGAUUAUGGUGUUCUAAAAGCCACUCUAUUGCCGGCAUUGAAGUCCCUCAAAUGCUUGGAGGACGAGGUACUCAAAAUGAUUGUGAAAUCCCGGAAGGUGCAGCAGAUAUACACCCGUCUCCUGGAUUAUCACAAGUCAAUAUGGAAGAUGAUAGUUUCAUCUCAAUUUGAGGGCCUACCAGUUGUUUGGAAUCUUUUGAGGACAGAAAUACUUAAGCUACAACCAAUACUGCCAAUAGAAGUUGGUGUCUUUUUGAUGGAAAGCGUCAAUCUAAACAAUGUGCAAGAUUUCAAUUUACAAUAUAGCAAACCAACUUUGUGGGUACAUGGUGGUCAUCCUCUUGUACCAUCAUCUGGCAGCGUCUUCUAUAAAAUUCGAGAAAUUGUAGCAUUUUUUGCAGUUGUUUGGCCAAGGAAGAAUCUUUCAAAGAAACAUCUUGAUGAUAAAGAACAAACAAUUGAUGCCAUGGUGUCAGCCAAUCAGGAUCUUAGACGCCUUGCAUUGGAAGGUCUUGGUAUCGCUUUUCACGCUGCAACUGAUUCUAAGGAAGAGGACUGUGAAGCUGUGGCCCGGAUGGAUGAAAUUCACAAGAUGCUCGUUGAAAAGGUUGACUUUGAAAGGAACAAUCUUGGAUUAUUGUCAAAGACUUCAACUUCUGAAACAAAAAUCUGUUGCUCAGUCUCAUCCAGUAUAUGUAAAACUAAUGGUUUCAGUGGUUGGUUAGCGAGUCUUCCUUUGCUCAACUUGAAGAGCUUGAACUUGGAUACUGCUUUACUUCAAUGCCUAUCCAAGUGCACACAACUAGAUUGUUCUGAAAUUCAUCAGAUCAUUGCGAACUCAGAAGCCCUUCUUAAGUAUGCUAUGGACUAUUCGUUGGAGUUAUCGUCAAGGUCUCCUUUGGACUUUGCUCAACAUCAGAUUUUUUGUUGGAUUUAUAAUGCCUGGGCCACAGUUGAUAAUGUCCAUGUAAAAGUUACUAGUUCACUUCUUGAAAUGUGGUACAACUAUCACACGUCUUUGUGGACUUACUGCUCUGGAAGUCCAAAGGUUUUUCUCCUUGACUUGACAUAUAACUUCAAAAACAUUUUAUUAUACAACCAUGAUUGUUCUACUGAUUUGAUUCAUUUUCAGGCACUGCUCCCUAUUACACAUGAUGAAACCUGUGAUCUAGCACACCUGACAAAAAUGGAUGCCAUCCAUACUAUUAUCCAAGAUGAUUUAUGUGUGAUGGAUUAUCAGAAGAACUGCUUGAUGCUUAGAAUGUCAUCUAGAAACCUUUGGGAAGGUGUCUCUGAUGCGGGAAACUUAGUUAGCAGUCUUUAUUCCUCUGCUGAUUCACUCUUUAAACAGAUCAUAUUUGUCCAUAAGAAGCAUUUCAAGCCAGAAGAGUAUAAGCAGCUAGAGUACAUCCUCUUUGAAAAGUCGGCACAUUGUCUAGAGGAGCAAGGUCUGCAAACUGCUUGUGCACUACUAUCUUCUUCAAGUCAUGGAGUACUGGCUUCACUCUCAGGGCCAGAUAAACUCGUAGGGUCAAUUCUUCUGGAGUUGUACUCAUUGCACUCACAUGACUCUUUAUUGCAUCUCGGGGCUGCUUGGGUGUAUAUUGGCCAGUUGCGGUUCCAGUUAUUGUUGAGCUCAUACAAUCCAGAUCCUACAUUCAUAUCUGCUUUUAUGCAUUCUCAGAUUCUGGAAAAGAUUUCGUUCCUUGAUCUCAAGGGACAGGUACGCCGUGAAUGUGAAGAAUUGGCUGGCUCAAGCUCAGUAGAAGAUUGUCAUGCUCAACAGUUAAUACAAGAGCUGAAAACUAAAGAGAAGAACAUCGGGGCAAAGGUUGUAUUUCGGCCUCAACAGUCUAAGCACAAGAGUUUGAUUGCAGCGUGCUCUGAGUUUGAGGAACGGCUGUCUGACUGCAAGGAUCUAUUAUUUCAUUUAGACUGCAAAGAAGCUGGGCAAUUGGAGUUUGAUAGAAUCUUCAAUUGGCAGAUAACAUCAGGAAACUUUAUCAAGAGGCUAACAGAAGAGUAUGGGGAAUAUGUUGAUUUGAUUCAACCAGUGCAAGUCGCGGUAUACGAAAUGAAACUUGGCUUGGCAAUUGCUCUAUCUGGUUCACUUGAGAGAGAAUAUUUGAAGAAGGUCAAAGAAGAUGAUAUCGAAAGGGUUCUGGGUGCAGUUUUUGCCUUUAUGCAGUUUCCCUAUGGAUCUGUUGCUGGAAUGGCCUUAGUGGGCAUUCCAGAUUUAACAAAUUAUUCAAUGGGUGAUCAGUUGGAAACUCAAUACAGUGAGUUUGCUGAUGUACACAUAAUGGAGAAGUUAUCUCGUGCGUCAAGUCAGUUAAAAGUUGGUGAAGUUGCAGACAAAGUGAGAUCCCAUUCUCAGAUGCUAGUAUCAUUUCAUCAUGUUUCUUUAGUACGGACAACGUACCGUGUCUGUCAUUCCCUUAUCAUGGAUAAAACUUCUUAUCUGUCUUUGAAGGAGAUCUUCGACUAUUUUAAAAGCAUGUGGAUCGAUAUGAAGUCUAGUGUGAAGGCUAGGGAAAUUGAUGAUUCUCAAUAUUACAAGUUCAGGUCCCGUAUCAUUGAUAUAGAGGACAUUUUUAAAGGAGAUGUGCCUUCACUUUCAGAUAUGGACUCUGAUGCUGGUCUAGAUAAUGAAGAAAAAUUAGAGCUUGAGUUUUUCAAAAUUAUGGAGAGAAGUGACAUGGAUGAUGGUUUUGUUGAAGACAAAUGGGAUCUUGUUCCAGAGUCUGCUUUGAAAUGUAUUAUAUUCACACAUAACCAAUUGUUUGGAUCCCCUGACCUUAUUGAAAAGCCUGAAAAAUUCCAAAUAAGUGAUCAGCAGAAACUUCAGUCUUUCGUAGACUCCUACGAUUUUGGUGCAAGAAUACUGAAAGGCCUGCCUGAAUUGACGUCUUCAAAACUUGAUGAGAAGCUCAUGCCUGAGCAUUUACUUCGUGUUUGUCUGGAAUAUCCACGAACUUGUGCAGCCGCUCUUGACAGCAAUAGUUAUAAUGCUUACAAGGACCCAAAUCCUCCUGUGCUGUUCAAAAUGGUUGAGCCACUAACUGCACUUCAAGAGAAUAUUAGGUCCUUUCUAGAUGAGUGGCCUGAUCAUCCAGGCCUACUGAAAAUAUUGGAGAUAAUUGCUUCCCUUCUGGCAUUGCCCCUGAGCACUCCAGUUUCAAAGGCCUUGCUUGGAUUGCAACUGUUGGCUGGGAAAGCUCAAACAUUGCAGGAAAACGACUCCAAGUUCUUUCUAAAAGAUAAUCUUCCACCAAUAUUUAUGCUUCUAUCUUCAAUGCAAAGGCUUGAGUUAGAAUCUUGGCCUAUACUGCUUGAAGAUGUCCAGGGAAAAUAUGAAAUUAAUGCUGCAAAGCUAUGGUUUCCGUUACGAGCCUUGCUUUCUCAGUCUUGUGACAUUCCAAGGAAUGACGAUUCAUCUAUAAUCAAGAGCGUCGAGGAGUUUGUUCAAACGUCAAAUGUUGGAGAAUUCAAGACACGCUUGCAUCUCCUCCUUGCAUUCCAUGGUGAAUUUUCUGAUGGUGCUAGUGUGGGUGUUUAUUUAAGUACUCCUGUGAAGAAAAUCCAGAACAUUCUGUACAACGUAUUUGGUUACUACAUGCAGUUUUUGUCACUUGUUUGUCGGCAAAUCGAGGCUGGUAAAGAAUCAAUUGAAAAGGAGUUGAAAGAUCAGGUCAAGCUUUAUCGAUGGGAGCAAGAUCCAUACACUCUUGCUUCAAUUGAUAAUUUCAAGAGGACAAGGCACAAAAUAUUUAAACUUCUGCAACGGUUCAAUGAUAUUUUGCAAAAACCUUUCAUUGCCCUACUGAAUGAAGAGGCUACAUCAAGAAAAGUCCCAACUUGGCUUGAUCCUGAGAUACCAGAAUCACAGUUUCCUGUUGACACAGAGAAACUUAGAGAAAGGUUUUUGUGGUAUAGCAAGUGGAAAAGUCAUGCUUCUGUGUCAUUGCAAACUUUAUUGAAUGCAAACGAUACCGCUGCUACAGUUCUUAACGUGAAAGAAUCUGUGUAUGCCGUUGUGCACAAUAUGAACCACCAACAAGAUGAAACUGAUCUCAACGACAGAUUGAAAUUCUUCUGGUAUGCACUUGAGAGAAUUUGCAAUGCGGCUGAUUUUGGUUCUAUACUGAAGCAUGGUAAAAAGAACCAGAAGAAAACCGCUUUAUCCAGUUUGUUCAAGACACUCGAGGAAUGUGGACUCUCAAAGCACAGGCCAAUGGGUCAUGAGUGGGGAAACGAGUUGGAUGCACCAAGCCCAUUGUUUUUGGAGCAGUCAUAUAACGUAACACAUUUGCUCCAACAAGUGACCACACAGAAAACAUGUGAAGAUGUUAGCAUUCAUUCUGCAAUAUUGGGCACAAAUAAUUGGAAGCUUGCAAAUCAGCAGUACUUCAGAUGCUUGUCAACGGUGCAGCAACUUCGACAAAUAUCCUUGAAAUUUAACAAAGAUCUAGGUUUAGAGGAGGUUAAUAGGGCUACAUCCUUUAUGAACCAUUUAUUGACCAUGCUAUGUGAACAAAGACAUGUUGCUUAUGAUCUAUUUGAGCAGCUGAACCAGUUCCGACAUAUGAUCUUCUUGUUAGGUUCAGGAGGGAAGAGUGAAUCUCUAUCAUCAUGCCAAAAUGUACUGGUAAUUUCCAUGUGGCAGCAAAAGCAAUUUUUUGACAGUAUGCUAGCUAUGGUUACGGAUACCAACUUGUUGCUCAGAACCUUCAAAGGUUGUCAUCAUGCCGCUUGUGACAGCUUUGAAGUAGAAAUUGCUGAGAUGUCUUUUCUUUUUGAGAAGUUUAUUACAAGAUUUUCAGCAUCCAAGGAUCUAUUAGACAAAUUCCUACUUCGAUCCAACAAUAUCCUUGCCGGUGCCCAUAAAAAUAUGCCUGUUGCUACAGUAGAGAUGGAGCAACUUGUUGCUGCGAAUGUCCAGCUUAUCAACACAUUUAGAGAGGAUAUGCAGGUCUUAUGCCGCCAAGAUGUUUCGAUGAGAUCUGUGAAGAAAGUUAUACUCUCUCGCUUUGAAGAGUUACUGGACAAGGGGAAGAUAGCAGCAGCGAGUUUCUCUAGAGAAGCUGUGUUCUCUGACGAACAAAAGCCUGAAGAAUCAUAUACUGAAGCUUUUAAGGAAACUUUCACGUUAGCUCUCAGUGUUGUAGAACAGCUCACUGGUCUUGGGGUAUCCACUGAUGGAACUAAAGAAUCAUCACUAGAAGGAAAUAUUACUUCCUGGAAAGAUAUUUUGCAUUCAUAUGUCAUGAAUCUUCAAAUGGACCAUGUCCGUGAUGCUGGUGAAAAACUUUCUGUUUUAGUGAGGAAGCUAGUAGACUAUAAACCUGAGAUGCGUUCUACAACAGAGGUGCAGUUAAUGCAUCUUCAUGUUUUGCUGGGUGUGAUCAUGUCAUCAGCUGAAGGCAUACUUUCUGAACUUCUGGAAGCUCAUAGAAGAACAUCUGAAAUGACUCAUGCACUUGGGGACCUUUUAAUUUAUCUAUGUGCGGAGGGGUUUGGUUGCACCGAAGAUACAGCUGAAGAUUCUUCAGACGGACAAAAUGACGCAACAGUAACUGGAACUGGCAUGGGUGAGGGUGAAGGUCAAGAGAGUGCAAGCUCUAAAAUAGAUGAUAUAUCACAACUUGAGGGCACCAAUGAAAUGCAGGACACUCAGUGUAAGGCAGAUCAAACUCUUAAGGAUGAUGAUAAUGCGAUUGAAAUGGAAGGAGAUUUUGCUGCUGAAUUAGCUGAUGUUUCUGAGGAUGAAGGCGAUGACUCGGGCAGUGAGGACGAAGACAACUUGGAUAAGCAGAUGGGUGACACUGGUGAUGCAAGCGAAUUGGUUGGCAAGAAAUCUUGGGACAAGGACGAAGAUGAUGAUUCUAAAACAUCCGCUGAGAAGUAUGAGUCAGGUUCAUCAGCCAAGGGGACAGAUGAGAAUGAUAGGGAACUGCGAGCUAAGGACGAUUCUCCCAUGGAGACAGAUAACAUGGAGACAGAUAAUAAUGAGCAAGGCAAGAAUAAUAAUAUGGAGGAUGAACCUAGUACUUGUGAGGAUACUGACGAGAAUACUGAUGAUGUAAUGAACAAAGCUGAUGCAUAUGAUGAGCGAACAGGACCUGAACUCUCUGAACCAAACAAAGAUUCCGAGGAUGUCAACAUGGACGAAGCAGAACAAACCGAUGACAUGGAUGCUGACAUUCCCGACAAUGAAGAUAUCAACCAAGAAGAGGGGAAGCAAGAAGACGAGCCUGCAGUUGCCUCAGACGACAUGGAGGAUGGUGAUGAAACACAUGGUGGUGAUAAUGUGGUCGAUAAUGAAGGGGAUCAUCUUGAAGAUGGAAAUGUGGAGUCAAAUAACAUGGAGAAUCAACAGUUGGACAAAAUUGAGUCACUUGCACACCCUUCACAAGGUAUACAACCCGACCAUGUGGAAACAGACUCUAACAGAGAGUCUGAAGCAAACUUGGCGAACAGCAUGGACAUGAGCAGUACAGUUGCUCCUUCUGUUGAUUUUUCAAGCAAUGAAGUGCCUCUGGAAAUUUCUAUACCCAACUCUGGUGAAGGUUCAAAAUUGUUGUCCAACUCCAAGCCAGAGCUGCAGACUGAUGCUCCACCAUCACACAUCAAGCAGACAAACCCAUUCAGGAGCAUUGGAGACGCAAUGGAGGACUGGAAAGAACGGGCAAAAGUCUCAGCCGAUACCCAGGAUCAUCAACCAGAAACCGAACAUCAUGUUGAUGAUGAGAGUGCUACUGAAUUUCGUUAUGUACCAGAGGGUGAACAGAGCACCUCUCAAGCACUGGGUGACGCAACAGCUGACCAAAUCAAUGAUGAGCUCCAAGUCAGGCAAUCUAACUUGGAAGAUGAAACCCAUGUCCAGAAAGUGGAACUACCUGAUGAGAGGAUACCUGGAGAUGAUAACCCUGAAAUACCCCAUCUUCAAACUUCGCAAUCACGUGCCAACAAGUCUGAAAGUGCUUACAGAUCGGAAGUAACAGAUAUGCAGACUGAUGCAUCCAUUCAGGAUAUGGUUCAAGGUGAAACAGAUGACACUUUUGGAGAUGUUGUCUCAUUCAAGCGACGUCCGGUAGAUGACAGGAUAGUUCAACUGGAUGACCUAAUCAGUGAUAGGGAGAUGUCUGCUCAGAUGGAUCUGGACGUCACUAAUGAAGAAACAGAAAGGACUAUUGUGGAUUGGAGAAAUCAUGAACUGUCUACCAUGAAGUUGUCCCAAGAACUGGCUGAGCAGUUGCGCCUUGUCAUGGAACCAACUCUUGCAAGCAAGCUUCAAGGAGAUUACAGAACUGGAAAGAGAAUAAACAUGAAGAAGGUUAUUCCAUAUAUUGCAAGCCAUUUCCGCAGGGACAAGAUAUGGUUACGACGAACUAAACCCAAUAAACGGAAUUACCAGGUGGUUAUUGCUGUGGAUGACUCACGAAGCAUGUCGGAGGGCAAGUGUGGAAAAGUUGCUAUUGAAGCAUUAGUUACAGUUUGCCGGGCCAUGUCGCAGCUUGAGGUUGGGCAGUUUGCGGUUGCAAGUUUCGGGAAAAGAGGGAAUGUUAAAGUGUUGCAUGAUUUUGAUCAGAUCUUCAAUGCAGAAGCUGGAGUCAAGAUGAUCUCUAGUCUGUCCUUUGACCAAGACAACAAAAUUGAUGAUCAACCAGUUGCUGAUCUCUUGAUGCAUCUGAAUACAAUGCUUGAUGCGGCUGUGGCAAGGUCUCGCACGCCAUCCGGGCAAAACCCACUUCAGCAACUCAUACUUGUAAUAUCCGAUGGCAAGUUCCAUGAAAAGGAAAAUUUAAGGCGCUGUAUCAGGAACGUUCUAAACAGAAGGAGAAUGAUUGCAUAUGUACUCCUAGACAGUCAUGAGGAAUCUAUUAUGGAGAUACUGGAAGCGUGCUACAAAGGAGACGAAGUAAUCCUGGGAAAAUACAUGGACUCAUUUCCGUUCCCCUACUAUGUUACGCUGAAGAACAUUGAAGCGCUUCCUCGCACAUUGGCUGAUUUGCUUAGACAGUGGUUUGAGCUGAUGCAGAGCGCGAAUGAAUGAUCUUUGGAGACGUCAGCUUGUCAAAUUGCUCUAGGGAACCUAGAUUUGUAAAACUGGCUGUACUUUCUUGUUUUACACUUCGGAACAGAUAGUGGUCCAAAUCCCCAGUUCUUUGUACUAAAUAUACCACAUUUUGUUAGCUUGUUCUACUUUUUAGUUUUUACACUUCGGGACAAAUUCAUGUAAUAACCUACAUAUUUUUGGUGCUACUUUUUUUAAUGUGGAAAUACCACUGUUUCUGUGUA